AUGGCAGAAGAAAACAUUUCCUUUUCCCAAAGGAUGAUAAGUGCCUGUUCUGGCUCGCUUGUGACAUCACUUGUGGUCACUCCAUUCGAUGUCAUAAGAAUAAGAAUCCAACAACAAAGUAUUCUACCGCAAGAACAGCCAUGUUGUCAAUUACAUUUCCCAGAGCAUAAUUUCCCAAAGCAAAAGGUUCCUGUUGAAAUGGCCCCAGAAUUGUUUUGGAUACAUGAUAAAUAUUGUCAAUCUGCUAAGUCUUGCACCCGUAUAUAUUCAACGUUUCAGGGGUUCAGUACAGUGGCGAAACAUGAAGGAGUUCGAACUUUAUGGAGAGGCUUAUCUUUGACCUUAUUGAUGGCAGUUCCGUCAAAUAUCAUUUAUUUCACAGGUUAUGAAUAUAUCAGAGAUCAUUCCCCAAUAAGCAACCAUCCUUUGAAUCCAUUAUUUUGUGGUUCUUUGGCUAGAACUUUGCUGGCAACCUUUGUAGCACCAGCCGAGUUGAUCAAGACUAGAUUGCAAUCUAUACCUACUGAUCUGAAAUCCGCAUCGCAUAUAUUAUUCAAUUUAUUAAGAGAUCUGAGUGCAGCUGUCAAGAAGGAUGGUGUUAGAACUAUGUUUAAAGGUUUGGGCAUUACUUUGUGGAGAGAUGUACCAUUUUCUGGGAUCUAUUGGUCAAGUUAUGAAUAUUUCAAAGCUUUUUUCGCUCGAACUUUGAAGACUGACUUUAAUAACCCAACAAGAGGUGGAAUUGAUGAUUGGAAAGUGUUUGCCACUUCGUUUUUAUCAGGGUCUAUAUCAGGAACAAUAGCAGCUUUUUUCACUAAUCCAUUCGAUGUCGGCAAAACAAGAAUACAAAUUACAAUGCAAGAAAACGAGAAAAUUUCCCAUCCAAAUAUGUUCAAAUAUUUAUAUAAGAUUUACAAGAAUGAAGGAAUGGGGGCAUUAUAUGCUGGAUUUGGUCCUCGUGUAAUGAAAAUUGCCCCAGCGUGUGCUAUCAUGAUAUCUUCUUAUGAAGUGGGGAAGAAGUUUUUCAAGAAUGGAAAUAACUCGAAUUAA